AUGUUGCUUAAGCCCGCGACACCCCUCACCGUCUUGCUUUUGAUCGCCUUUGCGCUAAUGCUGAUCACCUGCAUUUCGACCCCCAUCGUGAAAGGCAUUCCUCUUGCAACCUAUAAAAAUGUUGACUACGGUGUUUUUGGAUACUGCGAUGGAAACAAAUGCACUGGCAUCCAUGUGGGAUACACAAGCAGUGAGUCUCCAACAAAUGAUGGCAAUGAAUUCGACCUCCCCUCAAGUACCCGCAAAUCGCUCUCGGCCAUCCUGAUUGUGCAUCCUAUCGCUGCCUUCUUAAACCUUGUUUGUCUCUGCCUAGCCGGCGCGGCCCACUUUCAUGGUCCCUCGCAUUCUCCACGUUUUUUACUGGCCCUGCUCAUCCUCCUCCUACCUACGCUUCUGGUCACCCUUCUGGCCUUCCUGGUUGAUAUCUUGCUCUUCGUGCCGCAUUUGCAAUGGGGUGGUUGGAUUGUGCUUGCGGCGACCAUUCUCCUCGUCUCUUGCGCGGUCGUGACUUGCGCCAUGCGCCGAACUCUCGUCAGUCGCAAGGCCCGGAAGAACCGCAUUGCGGAAAACGCAGAGAUGAGCGGAGAGAACUACUACAACCGACAGAAUGCAGCAGCCGCCGCAAUAGUCAAUGAUCCCCCUCCAAUCCCUGAUACGAAGGAAGCCAUGGUUUCCGGAUCGCCCCCUGAAGAGCCAGCCUUUGCCGCAUUCCGUACCAAUACUCGCGAAAGCGACGAUGAUCGUACACCGCUUAAUACUCGUACCCCAUUGAAUGAUGUCCCUCUGCCUCCGAGCCGCCGUGGAACCCCAUACCGUGCACAGGACGAAGGUUUACCUCCUACUGGUCCCUAUGGCGCUGGCCCCGAUGCUGGUCAAAUGAUGCGCAACCCGUCUGACCCUCGUCUCCGUUCUCAGUAUUCUGAUGGUAGUAUCGGCCGACAAGGCACCCCGCCUGGAUUCGCUCAACCAGGGUACGCUCCGCGUGGACGAGGUGGAUACCCUCCCCGAGGUGCAUACCGGGGCGGACCUUACAAUGGUCCUCCGCGGGGCCGUGGCGGUUAUAUGGGCCCAAUGCCUCCACGAGGACGUGGUGGCAUGGCUCCUCGUGGGGCUCCUCGUGGCGGUUAUGGGUACGUCACUGGUCCCAGCCGGGGCUUUGAUGCGUAUGGCCGACCUUUGCCUGUCGAUGAUCACUAUGAGCCUCAAGACAUGGCAGCUGUUGCCCCAAUGCGCGAACCCUCCCCUAGUCAGAUUGGAGUGGCGGUGAUGCGCGAGCCUUCUCCCGGACCCAUUGGAAUGGCAGUGUCGCCCGAGGCCGUCGGGCAAGCGAUUGAGAUGACACCCCAGCCUCGGUAUAACGCCGAUCACCAUGAUUCAAUGGCCAUGAGCACCGAUUCUCAUCCACAUGCUAUGUCUGUGGAUGGUCAUCACAUGCCCCUCGAGAGUCCGACCAGCUUAUACAGCCGGACUGAUUCUUUCGUUCCUGCUCGUGCCGCAUGGGGUGCAAAUGAUGGUCGUCGUACUCUGUCACCUCGCCUUCCUCCAUCUCCGGUGCAUGCGACAACAAAUCCGGGUACCGCUUACUACGAGGACGUCGAUCCUCGUUUCGACCACCGACCUUCACCUCAAAAUGCUCCCCAGAUCCCUUCGGCUCUCACUCCUGGAGCAGCCCACUGUAAGUCCAUUUAA